AUGAAUUUGCAACAAAUUAAGAAAAGGUUGAUAGAGGAACCAAUUGAAGAUGAGGUUAAACAAUACUACAAGGAAUUAGUUGAGGAUAUAAGGACGGAUGAUGUUUUAUACAAUGAUACACUAGCUGUUUGUCUACGAAGAUUAAGAAUUUACCAACUGGAAAUAGAUGAAAUAGAUACAAUAUUUGAUUCAGCCCUAACUUUUACAAAUACAAAAUAUAACCCACUCCUAAACUCGCUCCAGUCGCUCAUUGAUAAAUUAUCAUUAUUUAAUCAUGAUGUCCAAAAAUGGAUAGAUUUAUUAAUGUUACAACCUAAAACUAAGAAUUUUUUCGUUUUACUCGGGGUACUUUUAAAAAAAGGACACUUAAAUGAUUAUCCAAAUUAUGCACAGGAGUGCUUUGAAAUCUAUGAUGAUACUGUUGCAAAUGCUUGCUCAAAAACUCUAGUCAAGUUUUUUAAAGAUGAUUGGAGAGAAUUUGUGAAUAAGGGUUUACGUGACGAGAGUAAGAAAUUUCUAAUACUUACUCAUUUACUACCUGGUUUAAUCAAAAAAGAUAAGUCUGUAUUUCAAAAACUACUUCAAGAUAACUCAGACCCUUUAAUUUUAGUAGGUUUGAUAAAUUUAGGAGAGGUGAAUAUCGAUUUAGAACCUUGUUUAAUCCAUUCAAAUGCUCAAGUUAGAUUAGAUUCUUUAAAAUAUGUACUAAAUAAGAAACUAUACCAUUUGAUAAAGGACAAUUAUGUAAUUGAGAUAAAUUUGAAUGAAGGUGAUGACAGAUUUAUAAGUUUGAUGAAUCGAGAAUAUGACCCAGAGUUUGAAAAUUGGUUGAAAGAGGUACUUUAUGAUCAUUUGCAUGAGGAGAAUAAUUUCCAUCAGAAACUAUCAGCUAUGCUAAUAUUAAACUUUCUUAAACUAGAUGAAAAAGUAGUUCCAUUAUUGGUUAACAAUUUAUAUUCCAAUUAUAAAGCAAUUAGAGAUGCAAGUCUCAGUUUAUUACAGAGGUUAUCAUUUGAGUACCAUGGAGAUAUGGAUAAAUGUUUUUCAAUAUUGACUAGACUAGAAGGUAGAGAAUCUGAAGGUGGUGUUUGUGCAAUCACAUACUUUUCAAAAUUCAAGGACUUUUCAAGAAGACUUAAAGAUGGAUUGAAAGAAGAUAGAAUACAUGGAUAUUUACUGGCACUUGCUCAAAUUGCCGAAACUAAAGAUCCAGAAGUAUUAACUGAAGCACUAGAAAUAUCUAAAAAAUAUACUGCAGUGCUUUCACUCGAUCAAGUUGCAUAUAAGAAUGAAGAUGAGUUUAAACAUGCAAAAUGGGAAAUAAAUUAUGCUUGGAAAGUAUUACAAGCCGCGAAUGAACUAAUGUUAACAAUUGCUGAGAAGUACAAUUAUGGAGCUGAGUUAGUUUUCAAUCAAUUACAAUUACAAUUACGAACGAUUAAAUUCCGAGGAGCAAUUUCAUCAACUUAUCCAUUUUAUGAACGGGCUUGUAAAUUACAAAAAGGAGAUAUAGACAAGGAAUUAGAAUAUAUUCAAGAAGGUAAUCGAAAUCGUUUGAUUACUAGAAGAUCAGGUGGGAUAAUUUAUAUAAUACCGGGUAUUUUACAAGCUGCAGAAGAUAAAUUUGAUUAUGCAGUAGAAAGACUAUUUGAAUUAGCUCAAGAACCAAUUCAAGAUGAUUUCGUGACUGAAGAUCUUCCACAGAUACAUGCAUUUAAUAUAUUAAAACAAAUUUUCACUGAGAAAAACUUAACUAAUCAAAGUCAAAAGUAUCUAGAAAGAGGUCUAGUCUUAUCUUUAAAUUAUUUUGAGAGUCCAGUUUGGUCAAUUAGGAAUUGUGCAAUGAUGUUAUUUGGAUCACUAAAGAAGAAGAUAUUUAAUAAUAAGAUUGCAAGUAAACGAUUCUUUGCCAGAUUUAAAUUUUUAUCAUUUUUCAUAGAAAAAUUGAAUAAUAAUCAAGUUGUGAUACCGAUUUUAGUGAUACUUGAAAGUUUAGAAUACAAGGAAUCAAUUGAAGAAUUAGUAAUUGCAUUAAAGACGUCAUUAGGUAAUGAAAUCUGGAAAAUUCGAGAAUUAACAGGUAAGGUAUUAAGUAAAAUGAUCAAUUGUGAAGAUUUAAUAGAGUCAUGUAAUGAUAAUAAUAGUUUCCAAGGUGUAUUAUUUGGAAUACUAGCCGGAAACAACCCACCAAAUUUGAAUCCAGAACUAUUAUAUAAAUCAUAUUUCAUUGCUGAUGUAUAUGUCAAGAUAUUGGAUAAAUUUAGAAUCAAAGUGAAUGUCCUAGAUUAUUUUCAUGAAUUACUUGAGAAUUAUUCAAUUUAUAAUGGGAAGAAAUUAUUCAUCGAAUCAUUGUUAACAUAUUUAUUAAAUAAUGGAGAAGAUGUCCUAAAAGCAGCAUUAGAUUCAAAAUAUGAAAACCUAUACCCUAUUGUUAUUAAUCAUGUCGAGGAGAAUGAUAUUCAAUUUGAUCUUAGUCCAUAUUUAUCAUAUCCUAAUGCAAUUCGCGUAUAUUCAAGAAUGAAAAACAUCAAGAUAUUAAAUAUAGAGAACAUAGAAUAUCGUGCCAAUUUUGAACACAUCAUACCUGACAUUUUAAAGUUCACAGAUCCGAACCAAGAUUUAGAUACGAGAAUACAAGGUUUUAAUGCAUUAUAUAUUUAUUUAAAGAACGCAAGUGGAUAUAAUUACAAUUAUGCACUUAUGUUAUUAUUUGAAAGAGGGUUAUUUGAUGAUGAUGAAGAUAUAAGAAAAGAAGUCACUAAAAAACUAUGUGAUAUAUUUAAGAUUGAUGUCAGUACAACUUACUUAUCUUUAGUAUUUCCAACAUUGCACCAAUUUGAAGAUGAGAUAAUUAAUGAUGUAUUAAUGAGAAACACAUUAGAUUAUAAACAACUAGAUGAUAAUUUAAAAGAAGCUCAAGAACCGAGUUUAUAUUCAUUUGAAAGAAACAAUUUUUAUAAAAAUGAAAUCAUGUAUACUAGAAUACUUCAGAAAUUUAACUACGUUUCCGAGCAAGUUAAAAAUAAGGUGUUAAAAGACAUAAAAUAUAUUCAAACCAUCCCCGAAUUAAAUCUACCAUUAAAUUAUAUUAUGUUGGAUUAUAAAAAGAAGACAGAGAUAAAUGCCACGAUUGCUGGUAUCUGA